CCACAUGGUAUUCAUAGCUUACACGUCACAUAUGUGAGAUCUCGACAUGGGUGGAGCACGAUGAGACAUGUCAUUUUGUUUACAGCCGCUGGCAGUCAUCCAGGAACUCACAGAACCACGGUUAUACCUGCGUAACUUCUGAAAAGUAUCUGAAAAUAAGACAAAACUACCUCUGUGAAUGUGGACCCAGAUUAUACAGUAAACACAACACUAUCUCACAAGGGGAGAUUCUUAUUAACUUAAAACCAAAAAAAUCUGCUAAAUCGACUCUGUUUACCUCAGCCGAAAGUAGAACCAUCAAGGUUUUAUUGGGUAGUGUGAACAGGUCUGUCUGGUUUACAACAUUUGUGUCUGUCAGGGGAGACUGGAGCGAUGUUUUUGGUUGUUGUUGUCAGUUUUUCUUUAAUGUUGCCCGUUGGUCAAACAGAACCCAUCGUGGACUCUUCUUAUGUUGCUGCUGUGUAUGAGCACAACUUAAUCCUGAACCCGGAGUCUCGUGUUGCCCUGUCCCGCGCCGCUGCCCUGCAGCAUAUGCAGAAAAACCUGGAUAUCUAUGAGGAGCAGGCAGCCCGGGCUGCUCAGCAGGGAGCCCAGAUCCUGGUGUUUCCAGAAGACGGUAUUCAUGGUUACAACUACAGCCGUUCAUCCAUCUCUGGCUACUUAGAAACCAUUCCUGACCCCCAGCAGGAGAGCUGGAACCCCUGCACAGAGCCGGGAAGAUACAACAACACUGAG